AUGAACACUGUAAAGUACAACCUUAAGUACCUGUCGCUGGGCAUCCUGAUCGUCCAGACGACGACUCUCGUCUUGACCAUGAGGUACUCCAGGACCGUCGAGUCGGAGGGACCACGCUACCUCAGCUCCACGGCCGUUGUCAUGGCCGAGUGCAUGAAGAUAGUGGCCUGUAUAUUGCUUGUAUACUUCCAAGAGGGGGGCAGAACAAUCGAAGGCUUUACGAAAGUGAUCAGAGAAGAAAUCAUCAACAGCCCUAUGGACUGCCUCAAAUUAGCAAUCCCAGCCGGUCUGUACACACUCCAGAACAAUCUGCUCUUCCUUGCGCUCUCCCAUCUGGACGCAGCCACAUACCAGGUGACCUACCAGUUAAAGAUCCUUACAACGGCCAUGUUUUCAGUGUUCAUGCUGGGGAAGCAAUUGAAUGCAUCAAAGUGGAUAUCCCUGAUCCUAUUAAUGGCUGGAGUAGCCCUGGUCCAGAUGCCCUCAGAAAGCAAACCAAAAGAAGAAGAGCACUCUAUGUCGUCUGAGCUGAUCGGUUUAAUAGCGGUCCUAUGUGCGUGUUUCUCCAGUGGGUUUGCAGGUGUCUACUUUGAGAAGAUCCUGAAAGGCACAAAGCAAUCAUUAUGGCUCAGGAAUAUACAACUAGCAUUCUUUGGAGUAAUCUUCGGUCUAGGGGGUGUUAUAGGAAAAGACGGUUCCAAGGUCGCAGAGAACGGUUUUCUUCAAGGCUACUCUACGAUUACAUGGAGUGUAGUCAUUUUACAGGCACUUGGUGGCCUCAUCAUAGCAGCUGUUAUCAAGUAUGCAGACAAUAUACUGAAAGGAUUUGCCACAUCAUUAUCGAUCAUCUUGUCCACCGUAAUCUCCUAUUAUCUGCUGAAUGAUUUCACACCGACGAGCUAUUUUUUCAUUGGGGCUGCAUUCGUCAUUUCAGCAACGUUUCUCUACGGCUACGUCCCCAAGGUAACAACGGAUCCCACGGUAUCGAGCGUUGUUUAGUUGUGAGCAUCUCCUUCAAAACGUUUAAUCAAACAGUAAAAAGUCCUAAUCACCAGCUGGAAGACGUUUUUGAAACAUCAUUGUGCAGCUGUCAUCAUUUUACCAUGACUGUUUCAGUCUAUUUAAAAGUGUUCAAUCCAGCCUUGUGCAAAUAUAUAUAUUGUAAAUGUCAAAUAUGUUUGGAACGUUAAAGUGUGGAAGCGUUCAAUCAAACAUUCAGGAUUGUCUGACAGUUCGUGGGUGAUCUGCACAUAUUUUUAUCUACUUCAAAAGCCUUUUGUACAUAUUAUAUUCAGAGUUAACUAUACUUUUACAUUCAUGUAAUUAGAAUCAAAAAGACUUGUGGUAUUGUAAUGCAAGGUCUGGAAGUUCCAGAAUAUAGACUACUAGUAUGCAGUAACUCUUUUUUUUUGAAUGCGUGUCAUUUAUGUUGAAAUAUCAAACAGAGUCUGUUCUUCUAGACUAGCAUUUAAGUGUAGUCAAGUUGUUAAUUUAAGAUAUUUUAGACCCCUACAUCAGUGUCAUUGAGACAUACUAUUACAUUUCUUUACUAGUAUAAUUGGGUAGAUUAAGUCCUCUGGCUUAUGGAAUGCCAAGGUUCGAGCUCCUCAUGCAGGAAAGAUUACCAAAACUGUGUAAUUAAAUUAACAAAUGUAUAUCAUAUCAUCAUGAAAUCAAUGUCCAAUUUCUUUUCAUGGCUGAAUUAAGUGUCUAUUUUUUGUUGUUAUAGAAUUCCAAUGAUAUUUAAAAAAGCAAAGAGAUUUACACUUUGUGCCCCAUUAGAAUAGAUUUACAGUAAUUUCUAUAAAACACAGAAUUUGACACUCCAUACUCCAUAUGUGAGUGGACCAAGUUAAACCGGGUUUAAAUUUGCCCACUUUUCUUCUGAAUAUGAGCUCUUGGUGUUUGUAUUGUUUUGAAAUCUAACCAAGGUCCCGUUUCACAAAGCCUGUUUCAAUGACAAAUGACAAAAAUCUGUGACAAAUGAGGAGGCGCAAUAGCUCAGUUGGUAGAGCAGUGGUCUCGUGAUCCGGUGACCCGGGUUCGAAACCAAGUCGAUGCGUAGUGCCUUUUGGUAAGGCAUUAAUCCUCAUUACCAGGUCCCUCAGAGAGGACCUAAAGCAGUUGGUCCUCUGGUUGCUUACUUACAAGCAUUCAUACUUUCUUAGCAGUCAGGUAGAAUAAACUCCACUACUAUGUCUACUAUAACCAAUCGAUAGCAAGGAUUUCACUAGCUUAUAACAAAAACUGUCAUUUGUCACUGAUGACAAGUUUUGUGAAAAGGGGCCCAGGAGUUCUGGUUAUGGAAUGACAAGAGACAUUUUUACAGAAUGAAGAAAAAAGCCAUUGCAGAAGCAUGCUACCCUAAACAACUGUAGAAGUUGGUAUUUUAGAUACCGGAGACACAUGACAUUACAUGUGCACCUUACAAACGCAUGACUUCAUGUAUCAACACAUUGCUCCAUCAAGCAUGACCAUGGUUGCAAAAGUAUCACGUUUUGAAAACGAUGUUGUCUGACAGAAAUAGCCUUAGAAAACAAAAAUGCCUUUGAUGAUCUUGGUGUCAUUUUGAUCAGAAGACAUGAAAAUAAACAGAUGAGAGUGUAUGAAUGCUGUCCUUGAA